AAGACCAUCUGAGUAAUCUUUGUCCCAAACUAAGGAGUGACAAGUCUGGAGAGCUUCUGGUGCAUUUGAACUUCUUACUGUUUCUCCAUCGGCUAGCAGAAGAAGCCAGGACAAAUGCUUUUGAGAACAAAAGUAAAAUAAUUAAACCUGAGCACACUAUAGCUGCAGCAAAGGUUAUUUUAAAGAAAAGCAGAGGCUAG